AUGGAGGGGCCAAAAACUCUGGGACCAUGUGGCCACUCCCACUCCCAGUGUCCCCCAGCCCCAGCCUCGGGCAGCCACGGAGGAUGCUUGGAUCAGCCCUGCCAGGGAUUUGUAAGGUGGCCCUGUCUGGUUCCCAUCCCCUCCACUCACUCACUGGAGUCUGUGAGGACUUUUCCAGCCCCGGGGUCAGGGGGCAGGGAGCCCAGGGUGGGGGGUGAGGCAACCAGGGUCUUUCUUUCAAGUGAAGAAGGAGAGAUGCAGUGGCAGAGAGUGAGAGAGCCAGUAGGGCCAAGACAAAGAGAAAUGGAGGCAGAACUGGGGUGGGGCUGGCCCCUGCACCAAGGGCGAGAGCAGGGGCCAUUCAGGCAGGGGGGAUCCCCCUGUACAGGGCCUAGACCCUGCCCAUGUCCAAGCCUUCCAUUGGGAAGAGGGGUCCCAGCCUCACCCAGAGUAGCCCCCUCUCAGCUCCAGAGCGGGCCGCUGGGGUCUGCAGAACAAUCCUUUCUCCAGCUGGAGCAGGAGAACCACAGCCUGAAAAGGCAGAACCAGGACCUUCGGGAGCAGCUGGGGGUCCUCCUGGGUCCAGGACAGCAGUUCCUGCCCCUGUGUCCAGAGCAUUCAAGUUGCACAGCCUUGGCCUGGUCCCCUGAAUCAGCCAGCACCCGGCCCCUGGAGGACAGGACACCUGUUCAGCUGCUACGGCGGGAGCUGUGCCAGGGGGAGGAGGCCUUCGUUCGGCAGUCUCAGAAUGAGCUACAACAAAUACGACUGUCCUUUGAGAGGAAGAAGAUGGCCAUCACUGAGGUAUGGGACGGUGUGGCCGAGGUACACAUGGCUCUGAACAACCAGGCCACUGGGCUCCUGAACCUCAAGAAGGACAUCCGGGGCGUGCUAGAGCAGAUGGAGGACAUUCAGCUGGAGAUUCUGGGGGAGCGGGCCCAGUGCCGCACCCAGGCCAGGAAGGAGCAACAGAUGGAGUGCACGGAGAAAGGGAGGCCACAGCUGGAAUGUUCCGAGGGCCUCAAGGGCCAGCUCUGGCUGCUGGCCCUGAGGCUGCUACUGGGCGCCCUGCUGGCCUGCACCGCUGCCUACGUGUACGUGGUGGACCCCGCACCCUUCGAGGGGCUAGUGCCGCCCCUGAUGAGCCGAGCCGCCGUCUGGAAGCUCCGGGCCCUACUGGGCCCCUUCCUGCGCCUCGAGGUGGACGACUUCCUGCCCUUCUAG